AUGCUCGUCUCUGGCGUCUCAUUCCACAGCCGCCUGGUGCAGCUUGCCUUCGUGGCGGUAUGCCUCGUCGGCCUCGCCUGGUUUACCCUCCCCACCAGCUACACUGUCAAGAACGUCCUCCGCGUCUCCAAAGAAGUCACGCCACCGCCGCCGAAGAUCACUGUAGCCCCAAGGCCGAAAAAGGAUCACCCGAUCGAUACACUCAUACGCAGGGCGGAUGAGGAAUUUCAGGCUUUGUUGGCAAAGGAAACAAACACUGUCCAGGAUGCAGCAGAAGCAUAUCGCCAGCGACGAGGGCGUCAGCCUCCUCCUGGAUUUGAUGCAUGGUACAAAUUCGCCGCGAACAGCUCCGCGCUGAUCAUCGAGGAUUUCUUCGACCGUAUCUACGAUGAUCUCAACCCCUUCUGGGGCAUCUCUGCGAAGCAGAUGCGUGAGCAGGCGAACGAUUUCGAGCACAAGAUUUUCGUCAGGAACGGCGUGGCCAAUGGAACAUCGAACGUCGUUCGACCUUGGAUAAAUCUAUGGGAGGACAUGAUACGGAGCGUGGCAUCGCAUCUCCCAGAUGUGGACGUACCCAUCAACGUCAUGGACGAGAGUCGGUUGGUUGUGCCUUGGGAAGAGAUUGACGAAUACAUGACAAAGGAGAGUCGCUCAAGGAAGAUUGUGCCUGCGGAACAGCUGAAGACGAGUUUUGGGAACCUCCGGGCUCUGGACUCACACCCCCCCGAGAAGUUUGAUCCUCGUUUUGAUGGAGCCGGGCCAUAUUGGCCUUUGGCAGUGGUCGGCUGCCCACCGGAGACACCUGCAAGGAAGUCCUACUUCGAGACGGAGUUUACGCAGCCUCCACCUUUGAGUACCGAACUCCCACUAGGCUCAUACAAGGGUUAUGUUCAAAACUGGACAUAUGCACAAUCGCCUUGUGACCACCCAGAGUGGCAGGGACUGCAUGGCACGUUUGUAGAACCGAUCUCGAUCUCCAACACCAAGACAUUCUUCCCGCUCUUUGGUGGUUCGAAACUGCCAAUGAACAACGAGAUCCUUCUCCCUGCAGCAAUGUACUGGACGGAUGAUCCGUUCUACUCUGGCGGAGCCGAGCAUGGAGGGCCGUGGGAGCAGAAGAAGGACAGCCUAAUUUGGCGUGGCUCCGCUAGUGGCGGGCGCAACAAAGCCGAGACAUGGACUCGAUUUCAACGGCAUCGUUUCGUCUCGAUGAUGAAUGCAACUGAGAUCAGUGCUGCAGAGGCUGAUCCAUCGACUCAACCUCGCAACUUUGUUCUCCCUGCGAACGGAACAUAUGAGCUCGCCGUUCAAGAACCAGAGACGAAGAAGAACGCGUUUAGCGAAUGGGUCGCAAGUUGGGCCGACGCGGCGGUUGUGCAUCUUUUGUGCUUCCCUGGAACCGGGACAGCACGUUGUCCGUACACCGACCCAUACUACACCGUGAAGAAAGAGGUUCCAAUGAAGGAGCAAUACUCGAACAAGUAUCUACCGGACAUUGACGGCAACUCUUUCAGUGGCCGCUAUCGAGGCUUCCUGGGAAGCACUUCGCUGCCCAUCAAAGCGACGAUUUACGAGGAGUGGCAUGACAGCAGACUGGUGCCCUGGAAGCACUUUGUUCCCAUGGAUAACACGUUCAUUGAUAUAUAUGGGAUCAUGGAGUACUUUGUUGGUAAUGCGGCGAYGGGUGUUGUUGGUCAUGACAAUGAAGCGAAAAGCAUUGCACUUGAUGGCAAAGCUUGGACUGAGAGAGUGCUGCGGAGGGAGGACAUGUCAGUAUAUGUGUUCAGACUGUUAUUGGAGUACGCCAGGCUGUGCGAUGAUGAUCGGGAAAAGAUGGGCUGGGCUGAUGGUGCAGUCACAUAA